AGGAAGUGGUACGAGUCGACGACGGGUCAGUCGGAUCUUCUCGAGCGGUGCGACUCAACGGCAAGUCGGCCAAUUUGCGUCGUAACAGCGGGGCUCGGCUAUAUUUUUCAAACAUUGCAACGUGACGACGGACUGAACGUACUUUGUAUUGUUCAGAAACAAUACCAAACACCUGCUGCGAGGGGACAAAGAUGCGUGCAGAGUUGCGCAUACUUUUCACGCGACUCGAUUAUAGCGAUAAGGAGCGUUCGAUCGCGGCGAUAAGGACGGCCUGAUAAAGCGGCCGACGUGCAAUUCUCGUGAAAUGUUAUUCGCGAGACUAUUCGCGAGUUUUUCCUCCGAAGCGAGACGAAGCGUGCACGAGAAUGCCGAGGUUGGGCUCGCACGAACUCACACACCCGGAACUCUUGUCGGAGUACCAGCUCCGCGAACUCCUUAAGAAUAGUUGCAUCGAUGUCCUCAAAUUGGAAAAAUUAUGUAGAAACGAACUGUUGGAGAUAUACAAGCGAAUUGCUAUGCCGCUACCUCAGCGGCAGCGCGGAGGAAAUGCCAAGGCUCCGGAUGCCGAAGUGGAUAUGACGCCAGAGGAAAUUGGAAUUCCUUUCAUGGAUAGCAAUAUGUGUAAUUUAAACACAAGCAAAGGAGCUAAAAGAAUGCCACAAUUGUCAGAGCUGGAGGAGGAUAGGUUAAAACCUCUAAUUAACGAUCAAAGAUCAAUGCCUAAAAAGAUUCGGUUAUCUUCUACGCCGAAGGUGGAAACUGCAUGCAACGGUAUCAACAAACGCAGAUGUGAUGAACAAAACGAGCUCGUCUUAUUCCUGGGACUGUUGGCGCUCAGCCACGGGGUAGUGGUGCCGGCGGUGCCGUUGGCGAAGCUGGAGGAGUUCGACGCGGUGCCGCAGUACAGCUUCGCGUACGACGUGCAGGACGCGGUUACCGGCGACUCGAAGGCCCAAUACGAGACCCGCAACGGCGACAUCGUGCAGGGUAGCUACAGCCUGAUCGAGGCGGACGGCACCCGGCGCAUCGUCGAGUACACCGCGGACCCGGUCAACGGUUUCAACGCGGUCGUCAGCCGGCAGCCGUUGACGGUCGCCGCCGUCGCGGCGUCGCCGGUGGUGCCGCUGCGGCCGGCGCUACCGCCGCUCGCCGCGCCCGCCGCGGCCCCGUCGAUCCCCGCGCUCGGGCCCGACUCCGACGUGGAGGUGCUCGAGGCGCGAUCCGGUCCUCUGACGCGGGAACAGGAGAUCCAGCGUCAACAGCAGCUGCGGCAACUGCAGCGCCUGCGGGAACAGGAGCAGCAGCAGCAGGAGCAGCAGCUGCGACAGCUGCAGCGGCUGCGGGAGCAACAGAGGCAGCAGUCGUCGAGGUUGCAGGUACAGCAGCUGCGACAACAAGCGCAGCGACGGCCGCAGGAGGAAGAGCAGCAGGCGGAGCAACGGCAGGAACAGCGGGAACAACAACAGGCACCUGGGCGAGCCGCCGGCCAGCCGGUGGCGAGCGCUCGUGUGGCGGCCCUCCCCGCCAAGGCGAUAGCCAGCUACCCGACUUACCCCUACGCCGCGUACACCGCGGCGUACACCUCGCCGCUCGCCUACGCCACCCCCCUCGCCGGUCUCACUUACGCGGCCGCGCCCGCUCUCGCUUAG